ACAUACAACCUUAGUGAACCCACCAUCCGCCGCAUUACGGCCAGACAUGGUCUCCACCGCCGAGUCAUGCGCCGUACCCCUUUCUUACGCCCACAAGCAAUUGAAAAGCGGAUCAAUUGGGCAAAGGAUAAUGUAGGACAGGAUUGGAGCCGAGUUAUCUUCACAGAUGAGAUGUCUUUGGCGUUUGAUUUGAAACAUCUUCAACCAACAUUUCGAUCUGGGAGGAAGUAUAUCAUGGUAUGGGGUGCUAUGGCACAUAAUCAUAAAUUCCCUCUCAUUCUUCUUCCU